CAAAUAGAAAAUGUUUUGAGAUUACUUGUGGCAUUUUAAAUUCAUAUACAGCAGAACGAAGCAAGGAAAAAAUUACAACUAAAUAUUCGACACUAAAUUUGCAAUUUCAAAUCUACCAAGCUUUGAAAUCAUUUCUACAAUCUCUUUGCAUGUAUCUGACACUUGUCUCGGUAACAACAAAACAAAAACAAAAACAAACAUUUCUGGCUUAAAACAAAAUAAAAGAAUCACGUUAAAAAGGGAAAAGAAAAGUCAGCUGACCAAGUUGCAACAAAAGUAUACAAAACUAUUCCAUCAGGACGAAAGCAAUUUAAUCUAAAAACAAACUAUCGAAGCAUACAAAAUGACACCCAAAAAUAUUGAUGAUCCAGUGGACGGCAAUUCCUCUGCAAAUGCAGGAGAAUCUGAUCUGCGAGAAGUGCAAGAUGUUAACGAAAGCCUAGAUGAGCUCACUAGAGUUUUGGACUUUUUCGAACAACGUACCGACGAUAUGAUUGCCCAGCUUAAAGUACUACUUGAUUCCAAUCGAGAAAUACGACAACAAAUAGCUCAAGAUAAAGAAAGGGAUACUACCGCCUCUUUGGCAGCAGUGAGCAUUAGCUGUAAAGCUGAAGACGGUGAUGCAGUUGAGAACACCGAACGUUAAGUCCGUUGAACGUUUAUGCACGGGAAAUGUGCAUACAAAAGUAUUAUAGGCCGUGAAAUCUUCGUUAACAUUUGCUUGCUUUGAUUUAAUUAAUUAGCUUAAAUACAUGUAUUCGUGUGAGAAUAAAUAUAAAAAAACUGUAUGCAAGAAAA